AUGCAUUCAUUCUCGUUUCUCGUCAAGGACGUCACCUUUGACGAGUCGGUGCCUUACUACCGUCUCUUCCCCUACCGCACUGCGGCCCUCCCCCCGCCGCCGCUCUUCCUUGCGCCAGGUCCUCCCCCUGUAGACCCUCUCCCCCCUCAGGGUCCUGCCCCGUCAGGUGUGUCCCAGGUAGACGCAGUCGAGUCUGUCGAGGUAGCUGUUGACUCUAGUGCUGCUAGGGGCGCUAAGCCUGCGGGUGCCGCGUCUGGGGGUGCUGAGCCAGGGGGUGCGGAGCCUGGGGGUGCUGAGUCUAGGGGUACUGAGCCUGGGGGUGCUGAGUCAGGGGGUGCUGAGUCUGGGGGUGCUGAGCCUGGGGGUGCAGAGCCUGGGGGUGCUGAGCCUGGGGGUUCAGAGCAUGGGGGUGCGGAGCGUGGAGGUGCUGGGUCUGCUCGUGUGGCCUCUGGCGUUGCUUCGUCGAGGCGGGAGCUACUCUCUCCGCAGGAGCUGCGCGAGUGGUUUGCCCGGCGCUGGAGCCGUGCUGCUGGAGCUGGAGGUACUACUGUUGCUGCUGUUCCUGGAGGUGCUCGUACUGGCGGUACUGGAGCUGCUGGGAAUGGGGGAGCUGCUGGGGCUGCUGUUGGAGUUAGUCCUGCUGGAGGUACUUCUGGGGCUACUGGCGGUACUGGAGCAGACGGUCCUGCUGGAGUUGGUGCUGCUCGAGUUGUUGGAGCUGCUAGAGCUGGAGCUGCUGGGGGUGUUGGCGCUGGUGGUUCUGCUGGCGCUGGUGCUUCUGAGGGUGCUAGAGUUGGCAUUGUUGGAGCUGGAGGUGCUGCUGGCGCUGGUGCUACCGCUGGGGGUACUGGUGCUGUCCCUGCUGGUUCUGGAGGCGCUGCGCGGCCAAGGUCGUACUUCGUUCCGCUCCUUGAGCAGGUUCUUGGUCUCCCGCCCUCUACUGGUCCUGCUCCUCCCUUAGAGUGUCCACAGCCUGUCCAGUCGUGGUCACAGUUACAGCCCGCCUCUCCCUUACCUGCUCCUUCUCCCUACACUGGUCCUACUGGAGGUCUUGCUGAGCGUCGUGAGCCUGCGUCUCGUCCUGCGUCGCCUGUUCGUGCUGCUCGCACUAGUGGUCGUGCUCCGCGUCCGCGUCCUCCUGCGGUCCCAGGCACACACCAGAUGGCACUGCGUCCUUCCACUACUCCUCUGCGUGUCCAGUUGCCGUCUCCUCCAGAGUCCUCUCUUCCUGCUCUUGCUGACCCGGAGUCUGACUCUCUUCAUGCUGCCAGUCCUACUGUCACGCGUCUCCUGGCCACUGUUGUCACUGACCCUUCCUUUGAGUCCACUGCUGUGUCUGCCUUAGUUGCUGAGCUUGUCGACUUUGCUGCUCCCUGUCGUCUAGACUACGCCGCUAGUCUCGUUGCUGAGUCUGAGUCUGUCUGUCCUCCGUCCGUCGGGGGUGAGUGUGCUCUUAGCACGGACGUCCUUGAGGACAGGCACGAGGAGUUCCAGUGUUUUGCUGCUGCUUUGCCUCAUCUCGUGUCCACGCUGAUUGCCCCUGAGGGAGACCCGGAUGCACCAGACAUCCCGACUCCUCGAUCGUACGCUGAGGCGAUCGAGGGUCCCUACUCCUCACAGUGGCAGGUGAAGCGGCCGCCGGGUUCUCCGCCUGUCUUCAAGGCGCGUUACGUGGCUCGAGGCUUCAGUCAGCGGCAGGGAGUUGACUACUUUCAGACCUUCUCUCCCACCCCGAAGAUGACCUCUCUUUGGGUUCUGCUGCUCAUAGCCGCUCAGCGCGACUACGAGCUUCAUUCUCUUGACUUCAGCACAGCUUUCCUGCAGGGCAGCCUGCACGAGGAGAUCUGGCUGCGCGGCCCACCUGGCUUCACUGGGUCGUUUCCUCCUGGCACCCAGUGGAGCCUCCGGCGGCCAGUCUACGGUCUCCGCCAGGCGCCCUGUGAGUGGCACGACACACUGAGGACUACACUUGCGGCUCUUGGGUUUUCUCCCUCUACUGCCGACCCGUCGCUGUUUCUGCGCACCGACACUUCUUUGCCACCGUUCUACAUCCUCGUGUACGUCGACGACUUGGUCUUUGCCACUGCUGACACUGCUGGACUCGCCCACGUGAAGUCCGAGCUUCAGAAGAGACACACGUGCAUAGACAUGGGUGAACUGCGCAGCUACCUUGGCUUGCAGAUCACCCGAGACAGAGCACAGCGCACCAUUACCCUGACUCAGUCACACAUGGUGCAGCAGGUCCUUCAGCGCUUCGACUUCACGUACUCCUCGCCUCUGGCCACUCCUCUGUCUACUCGCAACUCGCUCUCAGCUCUGCCUUCGGAUGUGUCCGUAGAGUCGAGUGGCCCGUACCCAGAGCUUGUUGGCUGCCUCAUGUACCUGAUGACCUGCACACGACCUGACCUAGCAUACCCUCUUAGCAUUUUGGCACGCUAUGUUGUUCCUGGGAGACACCGACCAGAGCACAUGGCAGCAGCGAAGAGGGUGUUGCGCUACUUGUGCAGUACGUCGGGCAUGGGGCUAGUGCUUGGAGGGCGACGUCCAGUGGUCCUCACAGGUCACGCAGACGCUUCUUGGGCUGACGACCAGGCUACGCAGCGGUCAUCACAGGGUUACACCUUCAGCCUUGGCUCCGGCUCUGUUUCGUGGCAGUCUACCCGCUCGUCUUCUGUGCUCGGCUCCAGCUGUGAGGCUGAGAUCUACGCGGGGGCCAUGGCUGCACAGGAGCUACGCUGGCUCACCUACCUGCUGACUGACCUAGGAGAGCCGCCUCGUUCUCCUCUAGUUCUGUACGUAGACAACAAGGCCAUGCUGGCCUUGUGUUGGGAGCACAGACUGGAGCACAGAACGAAGCUUAUUGCUCUUCGCUACUUCCUUGCUCAUGAGCAGCAGCAGCGUGGUCAGCUGCGCCUUGCUUACGUGGCCUCUGAGGCCAACACUGCUGAUAUCUUUACCAAGGCACUUCCGCCUUGUGAUCAUCAGCGCUUCUAUACGAUGCUAGGUCUUGUGCCUACUUGGCCUCACUUGCUCACUUCUUGA